AGAACAGGUAAGUUGUGUCGGACGGUGAAGAGGGAAAGGAAGUCAACAAAGUGAGAUCAAAUACCCCCUCAAACACAGGUGAAAUGGGACGAGACCAGAGGUAUCUUUUACUUCUCGGUCUAGCUUGCUUCGUUUUCUUGACCAGGAGCUCUGGAUUUAAAAUAUGUGCAUACAAUGUGCAAAAUUUCAACACCUCCAAAGUGUCGGACUCAAGAGUCCUGCAUCUUCUGACAAGGAUUUUGUCGAACUGUGACGUUUGCCUUCUACAAGAGGUGAAGGACCCGGAUGGAAAGGCUAUGGGUGAACUGGUAUCCUCCCUCAAUAGGUACAUGCAAACUAGAUAUGACGAGUAUAGUUAUGACUAUGUAACCAGUAAAGGCCUGGGUCAGAGUGAAAAGAAGGAGCAGUAUGUGUUUCUAUACAGAAACCAAACUGCUAAACUGGUGGACAAGUAUCAGUAUCCCAAAUCAAAGAAGGGAAAUGAAGAUGUCUUCAGUCGAGAACCUUUCAUAGUACAUUUUAAAGCACCAAAGACAAAGAUUGGUCAAUUUGUGUUGAUUCCACUCCGUGCCGAACCCCUAAAUGCUCUAAAGGAGCUAGAUUCACUCUUUGACGUCUUCACAGAGAUGAUGAAAAAAUGGAAGGUGGAGAAUGUAUUGUUACUGGGUGACUUCCAUGCUGACUGUGGAUAUGUGACAAGGAAAAACAGAAUGAACAACCGACUAUUCGCAACCAAUGGCCUCUUCUGGUUGUUAAGGGAUGAUGUAGACACCACUGUGACGGACAUGACUGACUGUGCCUAUGAUCGCUUUGUGGUGCACGGAGAGAAAUUCCUGAAAGCUAUCGAGCCCCUCUCUGCUCGAGUGUUCAACUUCAAAAGGAAAUUCCAAAUCUCAACUGAGCAAAUACUCAAGAUUAGUGACCACUACCCUAUUGAAGUGGAACUGAAGGAGGUGAAGUCAGCGGGACAACUGCAGGCCUUAAUGCAGCCAUUUCUUCUCAUUCUCCCUCUUGUGGUGCUACUUAUUCUGCCUGAAUCCACAAUAGGAUUAAUGUAAAGUGUGAAUAUAUGAACUCAGCAAUACCCUCAGAAGUAACAGAUGGUAGCAAACAGACAUGCAAAUCAUUCGCUGGCAGUCGUGAGGGCUGAAACGUUUGUGCCACUUAUUUUCUCAAACAAUUUUGACCAUGUGUAUUGGUCAGACGGGUAUUCGAUUGUUACUGUAUAUGUGAUGUCUCACUUCAAGAACAUUUGGGUGGAUGAAAGAUGGUUUCUAUUGUAUUGUAAUUGCUCUGGGCUUGUUGAGCAUUUUAACUGGGUUUACAAAGAUAUUUUGUCAAAUUCGCAAUGGAAGUGUUCACAACUCUGUGUGUGUGUGUGUGUGUGUGUGUGUGUGCCUGUUUGUGUGUGCCUGUUUGUGUGUUUGUGUGAAUGACAGAGAGCGUCUGUAUUAACCUGUGUAUUGUACAUAAUAAAAUAGUUUUGAAACUGAA